AGUCAAAUUUUGGCGCCGUUGCCGGGGGGAUUAAGGCAAAAACAAAAAGAAAAAAAAUAAAAAUAAUAAUAAAAAAAAGAAUAAGCAUCUCUUGAUAAAAUCGGUAACUCUAUUUCUCUUUUACUUUAUUUUUGUUUGUGCAUUGUAUAUGAGACUGAGAUCAGGUAGAAUUUUGAAACAGUAUUUUCAUAUCAUUCUGAGUCUUUACCUGCAAUUGGAUUGUCAACUUUACACUCAUGUCUCAAAAUUACUACAAUCUGUCUGCACAAGAUACUUAUCAUGAUGAAAAUUAUCAUUUUGAAUCUGAUUUGUCUAGACCUCUUAAGGAUUAUCUAUACCCUCUUAGGCAAACUACUUUUGAUUUGCAACCAGACACUGCCCAUUUGUUACCCACUUACCAUGAAAUUGAGGUUUGGUGUGCUGUGUGUGAGACUUCAACUCAUUUAACGGAUGACUGCCCUAUAAUACCUGCUUUUAAGGAAGUAUUGUAUGGUCAAUCCAGUUACACACACACACAAUUAUGAGGGAAUGUAUUACCAGAACCAUAAGGAAAACUACCAUUCGGACUUUGAUGCAUAUCACCUUAAUUCACACUUUCAUCCAAAUUUCUCAUGGGAAAAUGAUUUUGUAGCCCAACCACAUGAGCACUUCCUUUCCCAGCCUCAAUCAUUUCAAACGAAUGAAGGGUCUACAUUCGAUGCAUAUCAACCCCCUCAUGGGAGUUCAUUAGAAGAUACCUUCAAUCUAUUUAUGCAAGGCCAAAUGGAAAUUUUUACACAAAUGUCCAAAUGUCAAGAACAUACCAUUAGAGUUACAGAGGACAUUAGGAACCAAUUGACACAGCUAACACAGACUUUGAGCAUGUCAGAGCCUGUCCAUCCCAACUCACUCCAAAUCCCAUUAAUAAAACCUAUCAUCAAAAGUGAAAGUCAGGAGCAGGACAUAGGAGUGACUGUCUUAAGGAAUGGAGAAAUAAUUGAGAAACUUGAUGCCCCUAGGACAGUACACCAUUUGGUGCAAGAAGAGAGAGUGGUUGAUCACAGUGAGGUAGAUGUCAAUGAAGCCUUGGAGGAAGAAAAAGACCAAAAUGAUGUAAGAAAAGAAGAAACCUGGGAGGAAGAAGAGGAUAAAAUUCGAGAGCCAAAAUGUGAAAAAAUCAUAAGUUUAUCCACAUUUACCCCUCAAUUUCUAUCUUUUAGGUUAGUUGAUAUUAUUGAGGAUCAAAUUAAACCAAACACGUGUGAGAUGUUUGUGCAAAUUAAUGUGCCAUACGCGGAUAUAAUAAAACCAACACCUCCGGACGAUAUAUUUUCAAAAUAUAUAUGUGCAUUCAUGAGAAAAAUCAAUUUAUAUAAUUUUGAAAAUAACUUUAAAAGUGGUGUAGUGAAUGGGAGAUAUUAUACGAUUAGGUGGGCAACCACUUAUUUGAUCCUUAAUUGGAAGAAAAGAAAAAAAAAAUUCUAAAAAAAUAAAAAUAAAAAUAUAAUAAAAUAAUUUUAUAUAUAUAUAUAUACAUAUAAGUUGUUCCUUUUCUUCAUUACUUAACUAGUGUUUCUCUAUGUGCAGUCUAAAUAAAAUUUCUCCAUACGAGUUUAUGUAUUGAAGACCGCCAGGUAUGCCUAUCUUCUAUCCUUUUAUUGCCAAUUGAGGACAAUACGCAAUUUAAGUUGGGGGGUAAGGUGUCUACAAAAUUUUACCUAAAAAAAAAAAAAUUAAAACAAAAUUAAUUAAAAAAAAAAUUUGAAUUGAGAGAGACAGAAUUGACGCUGGUGGUAGCCAUCUUUUCUUGGGCAGUGCAAUCACACUGCCCUAUAAAGAAAGAAGGCACACUGCCAAAUGUUGAAAACAGAGGCGCCGAGCGUUGAAAAAAAAAAAAGGCACACUGCCAUUUGUUGAAAAAUGAGACGCUAAACGACGUCAAGUCUGACGGUGCAAUUAUGGCAUGCCUCGAGUCGAGUGUAGAAUAGUGAUGCCCAUUGCUCUAUAAGAGACUCCAUAUCUGUAUGAGGCAAGUCACCCCUCUUGAGCUCAAUCUUCUCUCCUUUGUGUUAUUCUCCGAUCAGGUACUCUCAUCCCUUUUGUAAAGUUUAUAGUUCUUUACUUUCUUCUUAGUAUAAUUUUUUUUUUUUUUUAAAAAAAAAUGGAUCUUUAUCUCUCAAAAAUUCACAAGUACUAUCCAUCUCUCCCGCAGAAUGAUUUGAAAAAAAUUUAUGUUGCUAGGUGUGAAAGACUUAGGUUGUUGAUGCUUAAUAACAUCCCUGAAGAUAUUCGUUGGCUGAUCGAAGCAAAAGUUCGAUUAGCUGGUGAAACUUUACCUAGUUUUAAGCAUUUUCCAAGCUUAGGGAAGAGUAGUUUUGCGAAGAAAAGAAGAGAGAAAAGAGUGAAUGGUUGUUACAAAUGUGCUCGAUGGACCUGUAACACACGAUGCAAAUCUGUGGGGUUUACGUCCAUAAAUCGAGAAGAUAAAAUUAGUUUCAUAAAGGAUGGACUGAGUAAGGAGUCUUUGGAUGAUAUCCGAUUGACUCUUGAGACGCAUCCAUGUGGAAUAGUGCAAAGAGAACUUCUUGCUUUAUGGACCCAGUUCAGAAGUGACCACCAACGCUAUAGUCUUGGGAAUCUAACUAAAAACGACCCUGUUUGCCAAUCUAUAAGAAAAUUGGAUGGGAAGCUUAUCCCCGCUUCAUAGAAAGUGUUUAAGCCGUUUCUGGACGUAAAACCAGAGGAAGAUGUGAGCCACAAUCACAACUACUUAUACAUACGCAUGAUUUUUGUUUGUAUUUAUUUCUUGUUGAAUUGUUGUAUAGCUACUUUUGAUCGCUAAACUUCUUUUCAGGACAUACAAAAGGAACAAACAUGGAAUGCCAGUUAGUUCGUCGAAUCAAUACCAUAUGCGUACUUUGUGGCUCUCAACUUGGGAGCGAUAUUUGUUACGCACUUGCAGCGAACGAACUUGGUAAAAAAUUAGGAGAGAAAAAAAUUAAUUUGGUAUAUGAAGGGGGAAGUCGUGGAUUGAAUGGUUAUGUUUCACAAGCUGUACAUCUUGGAAAUUCAUCUGUGGUAGGUAUAAUGCCAAUCCCUUUAGCUGAACCACAUAUUUCCGGGAUUACACGCGGUCAACUUAUAGAAACGACUUCUAUGUCUGAGCGCAUGGCUUGUAAGAUUUAUCAGUCAGAUGCCUUCAUUGCUUUACCAGGAGGUUUUGGAACACUUGAAGAAAUCUUUUGUAUAAUCUCCUGGGCCAAGAGUAAUCUCCAUACCAAACCCAUUGGACUUUUAAAUGUUAACCAUUUUUUCGAUGGGUUACUCUCUUUUCUUGAUCAGGCUGUGGACCAACAGUUCAUUUCUCGUUCAGCAAGAAAGAUUCUCAUUUCUGCAUCCACCAUUGAUAAGCUGCUAGAGAAAUUACAUGCUUAUGUUCCACAGUAUGAUCCUCAUGAGCCUCGGAUAGACUGGUCUAAGGCAAUUAGUAACAAGCGCCAAAGGGGUCCGAUUAAUUUAGAUUUAUCACUGUGAGAAAUGCUCUUUAUUAAGAUGGCUGAGUAAGGAGUACUUUUUAUACUCUUGAGACGCAUCUAGUUAUUGUACAACUCGCAGAAUUUUUCUUGAUUGUGUUCUUUAAAAAAAAAAAAAAAAAAAAAAAAAAAAAAAAAAAAAAACAAAACAAAACUGUGGAAUGUUGUUAGCAAAGUCUUUGAUAAGAUGGCUAAGUAAGGAGUACUUUUUGUACUCUUGAGACGCAUUUUUUUAUCUUAUGACUUGCAUCAAUUUUUAUUUUGGUAUGAAAAUAUAAAUAUAUAUAUAUAUGGUGUGCUCAUUUGUUGUUUAAGUUUUAGCAGUUCACAGCAAAAUGAACUUGUGGAGUUACAGGUAUUCCUAACAACCCUAAUUUAUUACUGCAAUUCAAGUUGGGGGGUGUAAGGUUUAGUUAUGAAUUAUCUGGUUCAUAUUUAACUGUGAGUUUGCUAUUGCUAGUUUGUAGUCUUGUGUGAAUUGAUUAUCUUUAUCUGCUCUUAUUAAAAAAAAAAAAAAAAUUGUGUUUCAAAUAACGCUAUUCCUAAAGUUUUGAAGUUAUGCACUGAUAGCCGGUUAAGUUUGCAAUACGAAACAUGGAUGCAUUGAUUUCUUAUUUGAAAACGUAUGUGCAUUAGAAUAAGUAAUUUGCAUUCAUCAGGGAUUCAAAAUUUAAAAAUUGGUUAUCGGUCAUAAAGUCAAAGGUAACAGUAAUUAGCUGAUUAGUACAUUGUAUGAUCCCUCAACAGAAGUGGAGACUAUUACCCAAGUAAGUGUUUGAGCCUAAUAACCAUUAAUUCUGAGUGAAAUAAUACUUACUCUAAAUAUGCUCUCUUGUUUAUCUUAUCUUUUCAAUGGCUUCAAAAUAUCAAUUCGCUUUGAAUGUCUAGUAUGAUAGCGGAUAAAUUUGACUGGUUUCAAACUUCGACUUAGAUGACUGAGAAGCAUGAUAGGGGGAUCAAUUUCUUUCAGUUUGAGCCUAUUAAACCUUUUUCUUUCUUUAAAUUAACCUCCCUUGCUAUCCCAUUUGAGCCAUUUGUAGUACAAUUUCUUUCGUUACUCUCGGUUAACCCAUAACCAUAUGAAUUUUAUCCAACCUGGUGUGAUUUUGGGAAUUAAUCUGUCUUUCUAUUUUCAUAUUUAAAGAGAAAAAGAAAAAAAAAGAGAAAAAAAAAGAGAAAAAAAAAAGAAGAAAAAGAAAAAAAAAAGGGGGGGGGGCAAAUUCUCUUAGCUAUUCAGCACAACUGUUUCAAAAUAAAUGCUAAAAAAAAAAAAAUCCCGACACACCCUUUGCACACUCUACAUUUUUUUUGACAACCCGUAUUAACCUUAUAGCCCCAUUACAACCCAGUCUGGUCCUUGUUGAUGCUAUAAAUCAUGUGAUCUCAGAAUUCGAGUUUGGAGUAGGGAAUCAUGUUUAAAUUCAGAAGUUACUCAUCUAGAGCAUUAUUCCAAUCAUGGAGCUAUGUCAAUUUCCUUGUUCUUUCAUGAAAAUACGUUCCUUGUAUUUGGGAUAGCACCGAGUUUUGAACUUGUUCUGCAUUUACUCUUAUAACGGUGCACCCCCUUGUGUGUACACCUGAGGAAUCCUUUUUAUUGGAGAGAAAAUUCAUAGUGAGAUUUGAAGUCAAAACUUUGAGGGAGUAAGUCUGUGUGUUGGUUAUCCUAAUUUCUAUUCCUGAGAUUGUAUGACCUUUAACCAAAAAUCUGAUUUAGAAUGCUAAAUUACUUAUUCGAUUUUAUGCAUUUUGGUUUCGAAUUUGAAAUUUUUACAUUCAUAUAGUUAUUGUGAAUAAAGUUUGGCAGGUGUAUAGUCUGAUUGCUAAGGGACUAGCAAUGUUUAAGUUGGGGGAUAUGAUUAGUGGUUAAUUUUGUAAAAAUUUUGUUAUAAUUAUACCCUUCUUUCGAUCUUAAAUAUGGUUUAAAUUAGAUAUUAAUAUAUAUUUUAUGGUUAUAUGUAAAUUUAAAUUGAAAGAUGAAUGAAAUGAAGUUCUAAAGUAAAUAAUAAUAAUAUAUAAAAUUAUAUAUAAUACAUAUAUAUCAUUAUAUGCAUGCAUGUAAUAUAUAUAAUAUAAUCUAAUAUAUAUAUGUGCCAUGUGUAAUACAUAUAUAUAAUAUAUAAUUUAUUAAUAACAUUAAAUUAUUUUUAUUUUUUUUAGGCAUGAAGAAUUCAAGUCCAUGAAGAAAUCAAACCCAUGGAGAAAUCAAGUCCAUGAAGAAUUCAAAUCCAUGAAGAAAUCAAACCCAUGAAAAAUUAAAGUCCAUGAAGAAUUCAAGCCCAUGAAGAAUUAAGACCCAAUUUGAGCAACCCAUGGAAAAUAUUAUUUGGAGAAGGCCCAAGGAUUAUUUUUAAUCCUAAUGAAGAUUAAAAACCAAUUUAUAGAAAUCUAUUUUUAUUUUUUAUGUGAGAGCUUUAUUGGGUGUGUUUUUUAGCUAAAAUCCAUUUAACUAUUAGGUGGAUAUUAUAGAUAAAAUCCAUUUAACUUUAUGAGUGCUUUAUUAGGUAUGUAUUUUAGCUAAAAUCCAUUUAAUAUUAGGUGUGUAUUAUAGCUAAAAUUCAUUUAGCUUUAAGUGUGUGAGUGCCCAUUAGAUAUAAUUAUGUUUAAUUGAAUAAUUGAAAUUGUGUGGUUUGUAUUGCAUCUUGUGGCCUAUAAAUAGCUCACUUGAUUGCAUUUGUAAGUGUGAUUAUUAUUCUUGAAUAAAAGUUUAGUUGUUUCCUUAUAAUUCUCUCUUUGAGAAUUAUUCUUGUUCUUUCUCAUUUUCUUUAGUACUUUCUCUUAUAAUCUUACUUUUUUCUUUCUUCUUUUAAAUUCUUAUGUCAUUUAUUAUUACUUUAUUAUUCACCGCCUAAAUGGACGGUUAAUUUGUGCCUUUAAAUUUCUGCAAUUUUAAUUCUUGUCAUUUAAUUAUUCACCGCCUAAAUGGCCGGUUAGUUUAUGCCUUUAAAUUUCUUGUCAUUUAAAUUCUUGUCAUUUAAUUAUCCACCGCCUAAAUGGCCGGUUAGUUUAUGCCUUUAAAUUUCUUGUCAUUUAAAUUCUGUUAUUUAAAUUACGUCAUUUAAAUUUAUGUCAAUUAACUUUCAAAUAAAAAUGAGUAGCUAAAUCUAAUCUUGGGUUAAGGCAAGGACAGUGUCCAACGCCAAUGAUUCCCAAAGAAAGCUGCGCUUUAAAUAAGUAACAUUAAUUUAAAUUUCAGUAUGAGUGUGUAUUAAUUAUUAAAAAAUCACUAGGUUUGGAUUGGAGCGUAAGCCUAACUUAGAGCUUUCAUGCCAUGUAUGAGAGUUACUAGAACUGGAAACGCUAUCAUACCCAAAUCCGGAUGAUUAAUUUAGUUGUUUUGUGUAUUAAUUGCAAUUGGAUUUAUGGUGGUUGCUUAAAUUAGAAUCCCGCAUAUCAUGUAUGGGGAUUGCUUAACCUAGAACUAUCAUCAUCUCUAAUUGCAUUUAAUAACAAACCCUCAUAUCUGAAAUUAAAAUUAAUGUUGCUAAUCUUUUAUGCUAAAAUUUGGGAAUCAACGGGUUGGUACUGAAAUUGUCUUAACUCAAGCACUAUCCAAAUUCAUAUUUUUACGUUUAAUGUUUAUUUUAAUUUUUGCCUUACUUUAUUUUCUAGUAUCUGUUGUCUAAAAACAAAACCAUAAAAAAUCUUGUUGUCAAUUUGUCUAAAUGCGUGUGCGUGUGUGUGACAUUCUUUUUCUUUUGCCAUAAAUAAAUCUCUCAGUGGACGACCUGAAUUCAUCCAGAAAAUAUAAAUAUAAAUUUGGACUACAACUGCACUCGUACACUGGCGAGUAUAAACCUCUCACUAAAAUAAAAAAAAUAUAAAAGUUUUAUUAUGAUUUGUUUUUAUUGUGUUUUAAUUGCAGGGUGAGAGUGCAGUCAUUUACCAGCGAGUUUCUCUUUGAAAAACACAGGUCAUCAUUCCAACUAAAAGGGAAGUCCGACCCAACAUUAAGGUGGUUGCGGUUCAACUCGACGCCAUCGGCAGAGGGAUCCAACCCAGAGAAGGAAAAGUGAAAGCUGGCAUCGGCAGGCAACGAAUUGGAUGUAUUUAGAAAGGGGAAGUGCAUGUGGGCUGGUCCCGCACCACCGCCAGAAUGAGUGAAUGAUUCCAUUUGCAAUGGCCCAACAAGGCCAUGGCCAUCAUGGCAUGGCAUGGCAUGGCUCCCCGAGCCGAUGAUAAACUAAUAAAUCAUCAUUUUAUAUGAAUUUUGUAACAUGUAACUAUUAAUAAAUUAUUUAUUAUUAAACCCACCCUUAAUCCAAACUCAGGAGGUUGGUUGGCAUUUUAUUUACCACCAAAAUGUUACUUAUAUAGGAUCCUCUGUUGUGGACAUGAUUUAUGAGUAA